GUUUUUGAUGAAUUUCAUAGCUGGACGUUGCAGGACGAAUGAAGCCUGCUCAAUGACUGGGAACACCUAUCUCAUGAACUGCCACCAGGGGGUGCUAUCUACAUAUGGCUGUUUGCUCAUUUGUGAUGUAGAAACAAAUGAGCUGAAUCUCCUGCUUUGGCUGGGCUGUGGUAGUAACUUCACCUCCCAAUGUGACCAUAGCAGCAUAGAAAAGGUGUGUACUGUGCUCAUUGCAUCCAAAUGGUUCAAGUACAGAAAUCUUGACUAUUUGUUUGCUCAGUAGAAAUCACUGGUCAGCUGCUCCUCCUGUUGCUGCUGGGCCAGAAGGACGUCUCUGGUUUGGGUGGAGUACUUCAGAAGGAUGAUGCUGAAGUUGGUUUCAGAAGGUCUGGAAGAUGAAAGCUGCUCCUUCCUCUGCACUCCACCACUUGGCUAAACCACCAUAUUGAUUUCCAUUUCUUUUCAGAUAGUGAAGUUGUUGCAGCUCAAUGGAGACCCUGCUGCUCUGUUUCUCUAGCUCUGUGCGAUUAUUUUUAGUUUUGCUCGUUCUGUUUUAGUUUCCUUUCUUUUGAUUGUUUUCUUGGGUAUUAGUCAGUGUGGCCUCAUUUUGUCUUAAAUCUCUCUUAAUAAUGUAAAUUUUAAAAUUGUGGAGCCACAUCUCGUUCUCAUUAGUGUACAAACCUAAGCGCCUUUAAGGGGCAGAGCACCAAAUAAGUAAUGCCAUUCCCUUGUGUUGUGAGUACAUAUUAUGUAUAGAUUGGUUUUGGAUGUGAGCAUGAAUACAGAAUAAACUAAUUUAACUUUUUUUUUUGAUUUACAGUAACAUUUUAAGAAUGCAAUUUGUGAUGGACAAAACAAAAACAAAGGUAGAUGAUGUAUUUGAAGAAAGAUUUAAAGAUACAUGAUCCUCUGUGAUGCACCAGAACUUUUCUGGUCCUUCAUAGCCUCAACAUGAGCUGGAGAGGUUUGCUUGGAAAAAGGAAUUGUGGGUCCCUUCAUGAACUUACCUUACGUCUGUGAUGAGAUCUGAUAGGUGAAAUUCAUUUGAUUGAUUGAUAAACUAUAAUGAAGGAUGAAACAAGAAGAACUCUGGACAUGGAUUUAAGCAGCUAGGGCAGCAGUGAGACUCAAACUGUCACUUUAUCCUAGUUGGUUGAUUUUGAUUUAUUUCUCAGUCCAGAGGGAUAUGGGCCUCUUCAUUUUGUUAGAAAACACUUUCACUUAAAGUGCUUUGACCUUUAAAGUGCUAGCGUACUGUAGGUACAACAAUCAGUCUGUUAAUCUGUAACUCGCUGGUUGAACAGUCACACCGCUUUUACUGCUGAGUCAUUGUUCUCUGGCUGACGUUGUGGAGAGGUUCCAACUUUCUCCUGAAGCUCUGGUUUGUUUUAUGAUAACUCCUUUUCUCUUGAGUUCAGGAACUUGACAUUCGAUUUGUUCUUCUGUCUGGAGAAGCGGGUUUUCUCUUCUUUUUUUCUGUCUGCUUUGGUUUUUAUUGCUCCUUUAAAAGAUGGCUGUGCGGCUCUUUGAAGGGAAAGACCAUGCAGCCUCUUACCUGCAGUACAGAGUGACACCCCAUGAAAUUAUCAGCAAGAUAAUGAGCUACAUGGAGCAGAAGACACCUCGGCAGUACAAACUGGCCGUGGAUGUGGGCUGUGGUCCGGGGAAAGGGACAGUCCUUCUGGCUCCUUACUUCACCAGGGUAGUUGGAACGGACAUCAGCCAGGCUAUGGUAGAAAGAGCGCUGGCCAAAAACAACCCACCAAACAUUUCAUACAGACAUUGCCCUGCAGAGGAGACACCCUUUGCAUCAGGGGAGGUGGACCUUGUGACGGCCAUGACGGCGGCCCACUGGUUCGACCGGCCACGGUUCCUCCAGGAGGCUGACAGGAUCCUCAGACCUGGAGGCUGCCUUGCUCUCCUGAGCUACACCAUGGACAUGAUCCUGGAAUACAGAGACAUCUCAAACGUCCUGAAUGACAUCUGCCGAGAGUUCUACACUGCCCUGCUUCCCUACCGAAGUUCUUAUUUAGGACCAAGCUCCAGGAAGGUUUACUUUGACAUGUUUAACUCCUGCUCUUACCCUGACAAAGAAUGGACUGAGUGCCAUCCAGUGAGAAGAGCCCUUCCAGUCAGUGGAUUCAUAGGCAUGGUGGAGACAUUCUCCAGCUACCAGCAGCUGAAACAGAAGGAUCCUUCUGAAGCCGAUAAUCUCUCCAACAGAAUCCUGACCAAAUUACUGACCGCCAUGAAUGUGUCCUCUCCUGACACUGAAGUGAUGGUGAUCGUGAACUAUUUCGGCAUGCUGGCGUGCAAACCUUCAUCUGAAUGAAACUUUGUACGCUUUGAUUGAACGCCACACAGUGUGCGAACCCAAUAUAUAUAUAUA